AUGGUAACUUUUGGUCCCGAUGAAGUAGAGUUAGUAGAUAAGUCGCCGUGUGCUGGUAUUAGAGCUGAUCUUAAGAUGUGUCUUUUGAGCAGCAGUUGCUGUAAAAAGGAAAAAAAGACUCCAAGGGAAUGUUUGAAAGAUGGUUUAGUCCCUGAUGAAUGCCUUCAAUUACGACAGAGUUUUUUUGAGUGUAAGAGAUCAUUGCUUGACAACAGACGAAGGUUUCGCGGACAUAAAGGAUAUUAA